UUUCUUUUUACUUUUCAUUUACCAUCCUCUCCUUGUAAAUCUACUGUCUUCCGCAUUCCCCUUUCAUCCUGUAAUUGGUAUUCAUUGAGAAUUUUUUGAGGAAUGGGCAAAAAAGGAAGCUGGUUUACUGCUGUGAAGAAAGUUCUAAGCCUUGAACCCAACAAAGAUGAGAAGAUUCAAAAAUCCAAGAAAAAUGGGGUUAAAUUACCUGAGAAGAUCAAAGGAAGCAAACGUGACAACUGGUUCGCUCCGGCCACCACCAUGGUGACCGGCGCGUUGGUUCGCCUUACUUUGUCGCCACACUACUUGGGAAAAUCAAUGGAGGAAAUAGCUACUGUUAAGAUUCAAACUGUUUUUCGAGGAUACUUGGCGAGGAAGGCAUUGCGAGAUUUGAGAGGGUUAGAGAGGUUGAAAUCAUUGAUACAAGGGCAAUCCGUGAAACGACAAGCCACUAUUACGUUACGAUGCAUGCGGACACUUGCUCGAGUGCAGUCCCAAACUCGGACAAGGCAACUCAGGGUGUCUGAGCAAAACCGAGCACUUCAAAAGCAUCUUCAAACUAAAUACGAAAAACAGUUGCAAAAUUCCAAAUCUUACAUGGGAGAAGAUUGGAAUGUAAGUACUAAGUCUAAAGAGCAAAUGCAAGCAAAACAACAAUAUAGACAAGUAGCAGCCUUGCGAAGGGAGAGAGCUUUAGCUUACUCAUUUACUCAUCAGCGAUCGUGGAAGGUCACUUGUAGAUCGAUGAAUCACACAUCUAUGGAUCCAUUUAAUCCUAAAUGGAGUUGGAGUUGGUUAGAGCGAUGGAUGUCAACUCGACCAUGGGAGAUUCAAAAUGCACCGGAUAACAAUGACCAUAGCCCAAGUAAGAGUGUUGGUGCUGAGAUAACCAAAGCUAAGUUUCAAAGUGAUGUUAACAAUGAUCACAAUAAACAAUCUUCAACACCGGCAAAACCGAUUCGACCUCCGAACCGUAGGUCCUCUUCGACUCCACCAUCUAAAAUGCAUUCUAUUUCUAGCAAGAAGGGAUUGCAAAGCCCUAGUCCGACAAGGAUUCAGUUGCCUGAUCGUUACAAGAGGCAUAGCAUCGGAGGCUUAUCAUUGGAGAGAGACGAUGAGGUCUUUGCAAACUCACCACCUAGUAAUAAAAUACCGGCACGUUCAUCAUCAAAGGACCGGUCUCGACCGCCGAGCAUUAAUAGAAAUCCGGUUAAUACUAGGAGACAUUCUGGUCCUCCGAAAGUUGAUAUUUUUCCCAAUUAAGGAAGAAAUGCCAAACAAUGGCAAAGGGAGGUAGUUUAUGAAGCAUAGACACUUUUGUCACGAGUGCCAGCCACAUGUUUAAUAUCGAAAUGGCUCCGACACAAUCAAAUGUGUGAUGAUUAUAUGACGAUAUAUUUUUAAAAAAAAAAUCAAAUACUAUCAGAAAAAAUAUAAAGAAAGAUUGGA